GGGGGGGUGCCGGCGCUGGUGACGGAUGGUUCAGUCGGCCGGCGGCCGUGUGAGAGGACGGACGCUCGUGGCUCUCAGCACCUCCUCGCUCCCUCACUCUGCCAACCAAUUGCCACAUUUUAGUUACGUUAGUAUUUGGUGCGGUGACGAGUGCAUUUUGAAAUUAAGUGAUGGACAACCUGAAAUUCCUCUGACUUUAUUUUUUACGAAUGCUGGAACUCUUUAGAUGUCUUAACAGAUUUUGUUAAUUUUGGAAUCGGUAGAAGAGUCACUUUAAGUGAAAUUUUAUUUAAACCUGUUGGCGGCACAAAUAAAAUACUCCAGCAAUGAUAGUAAAUGAAGGACUCUUUUUUUUAAGCUAGAGGGAUAGUGUAGAGUUGUGCGGCGGGCUGUGAGAAGACUGACACUGGUGCAGCCCCUGGCUGUUACUUCACCACAACUGAAAUGUGGAGUGUACACUUGCUUGAGGUGGUGGUGCUCCUCCUCCUCGUGCACCUUCGUCAAGGGUGGUGCGUGUGUUUCUUCCCCGGGGAGCUGCAGGGAGUGUGGGUGACGCAGGCGACGGGCGGCGGGCGUGCCGAGGGUAGGCAGGGGUCGAGGCCGCCCAUCACCUACCAGGUCGUCACCAUACAGUCAGACGCCAUCGUCCAGUGGGGCGCCUGUCAUCAGCGGCUCGAUCAUUAUGUCAUGCUUACCGACAGGUCUGGGAGCACUGUGUGUUACCGGUGUAUCCAGCUGGAGGUGGUGACGCCACAGGUGGUGCAGGUGUGGUCCACGGGGCUGGAGACCUGCUACACCAGCGAGGAGGCCGCCCUCCGCACCUGCCCCUCCGCCGCCCACCUCGCCGCCCGCACCGCCACCCACCUUACGCUCUAUAAGAGCAAGACAUCUUGGGGAGAGGACGCAGUGAGGUCGGUGGAGUGUCCCCUGAACGGUCGCUACACCUUCACCUACCGACGUGGGGACGCCGACCCCAGCAGCAGGGGGUGGGACGGAGACUCCUGCGACCAGCCCACCUCACACUUCUCCAACUGCCCCCACGGCUUCGGCUUCAGCCUCACCUACCGUGACUGUACCUUCCCUAGCCCGCGAAACGGCAGCCUGCAGUGCCUGGGGUCGUGGGUGGGACACGACGGCAACAACUACCUGGCCGUGUGGGACUCGAGCGUCAGGCCCGGGGACCACCACCACCCCGUCUACAAGUGUGGGAUGUUCCGUGAGGAGGCGGGCACCGGAGUGGUGUUCCUGGCCUUCAGUGAGGACUCCACCUGCACCAGCGGCCUCUCUUCCCCUACUGCUGGGUACGAGAACUUCGUGCUCAAGUCUGUGCCGCCGCCGCCCCUGCCCCCCGACGUCAGCUCCGCCACCUGCGCCUUCCCCAGGAGUCUCCACGGCCACUGGCACCACACCUACGUCGCUGAUGACACCGUCGUCUUCAAGGACUACCAUAACUACCGCACGUACACUGCCCGCUGCGUCAAGGACAUGGAUGACGGGGAGCGCUACAUCGUGUACACCCGCACCCACUGUGGCGAGUGGAACUACAACUGCUUGUGGCUCAAACGACGCAGUGCGAAUGUCCUCGAGUUCAUGCUUGGUCUGUACCCGAGGGAGAACUUUGACCUUAAGCUCUGUGACCUGGACAAGUUUGGGGACAUGACCUCCUGGACCACACAAGGAAAGUCUCUGCUGGAGGAGCCUACGACGUGCCCCAUUGUGGGGAACUACGAAGGGGUUCUGUCAGAUGCCCCUGGCUAUUGUGCACAACUAUAUUCUGAUUGUGAGACUCCUCAGCUCAUGUACUACACCGUCAGUGACUGCAGGAACACCACCUUUGUGUAUGAGCGCGAAGACCUGCCAAGCCUGACGAGUGAGGCUGUGCCCUGGAUGAUGCCUGAGCAGAAAGUGAGCACGAGUGCUGUCCUCUCCAUAGCUGACGAUCAGGGUAGACGUGUCCGGAGGCAAGCGAGUAUUGGUCAAUUUCGUGUGGCCAAUGCUCGCACAACCACCUUAUCCUGGCUUUGGGGGACUCCUAGCACCCCUGAUACUACCACUACCAGCUCUACGACUACAACCACCACCAAAAGGCCUUCUUCCCCAGUGGAACCAUCCUGGACACACCUACCUCUUCCCCGCCCACCACCUGCCCAUGCCGAGUCCUCCAGUGAAAGGAAUGUUAAUAGAUAUAUUCCUGAUUCAAUCCUGGAGUCUCAGCACCAACCAGAACCACCUCGUCGAGAUCGUGGCAGCUCUGUAGGGUUCUGGCCAAGUAAUCAGAACCAGCCAGAUACUGUUGUCCCCACACCACCAGUGAUGCUCCCUGGACGCUUACCAUUGGUAGUGCCUCCUGUACCCGAGAGGCAGAUACCCGACAUUGAUGUCAACGCUGAUUUGGCAGGAGUGCCAGGACGUGCCACAUGGGUCCCAGGGACACCUCCAGGAUUUCAGUCCACUUCAUCUUCCACUCAGCAAACAUAUCUGAAUGAAAAUUCUCCAGAAGAUUCCUUAACAGAUGAUCAAUAUUCAGCAGGACAACCGUCUUCACCUCAUGGUUCCUUUCCUGCUAUUGGCAUUAACCGCCAACCAGUGGAGCAAAGUAGCCGCAGCAAGCUGCCCCUAAAGCAAGGUAUGCAGGAUGGGAAGGAGAGAGAGUAUGCUUGGGACUACAGACACAAGUAUCCUCCUGGACAUUGGCUCACAGCUGGACCUCUAGAGAAGGUUUAUGCAGAUGUUAGCACCGAGCCUGACUCGUCUAACAGAGAGGCGGGAGGGGAACCUGCAAGGGGGUCCACACACGGCAUGACAGACAGUGGGGACGUGCACAAUGGUGGUGGUUCUGGACGGACGAAAGUCACCUCUCUUAAGGCAUUUUGGCCUGGUGGUGGUGGUAACCAGGGCAGUGACCACACCUUCACUAGUAGUUCUGCACUUUCAGGUUUGGAUAAACCUUUUGAUGUAACAUCCCCAUUCCCUUCUGACUGGAGAUCUUCUCUUAGUCCAUCCCCUUCUCCUUCAACUCUAUUCUCCUGGGAAAAAACUGAGAGCAUGAACAGUAUAAACCCAAAUUCUAGCAACGAGGAACAGGUAAGAGAUAGCAUUAGGGAGCUUCAUAUACAAAAUAUAAGUAGCCAACCAAGUGGUGAAGGCUUUUGGUCAUCUGCUACACAGACUGCUAGAAACCAGUCACUUUGGGAUAGUAGGUGGAAGACACACAAUAAAAGACAUCCAGAUGAAUAUUCACCUGCACCUUCCACUCCUGGACCAGUAGUAAUCACUCACAGGGCUGUUAUUAAACCAGUUCACACAUUAGAUUUCCACCCAGUAGCUUCUGAUUACCACAGCACACUAAACACACACACUUCUGGAAGACCACAAGACAUAAAUUGGUCAAGAGAUAAAGACAGAGUUCCCCUAAGCACAGAGCUUCAUAACAUGCUCGUGUAUAGAGACAGAGGGGUCGGGAGGUCAACAGGACGUCACAGUGCAUCUCACAGGGGCUCGAAAACUACUGACACUUCCUUUGUACACAUCGGAGGUCCAGGCAAGUCAAACAGCAGAGCAGCAGCACCACCAGGGAACGGCGUCCCGGCACAACCCAGGAGGGUAGAAACCCUCGAAUUCGACACAGGUACAGUGAGUUCCAAGAUGCUUGGCAGUAGACUUAGAGCAGCACUGCAUGUCUAUCCUGUACCCUCACCCAGUCACCUGAGCACCACCACCCAACAUCAGUAUAGUGCUGCUGUCACCCCAUCCCCACCACCUGCUUCUCGCUCAACUAAAACAUGAUUGGUGUAGGAAUAGUAGUAGUAAAAAGAUAUUGUUCAGGCACUAUAACCAGAAA